AUGCUGUUAGUUUGUGUAUUAGAGAGAGGCCCUGGCCAUUUUUCAUCGCCAGCAAAAAUCUCGGCAGCUUUCAAGACCGCCAGCAAAAAUCUCGGCAAAUUGCAUGCGUUUGACGAGACCGAUAAACAAGUUUCAUUCUUUUGUUCAACAUUGUUGUAUCUCAUUUUGACAUGCUUGGCUAUAUUUGACAAUGCUUUUAUUCUUAUACUUGUUCACUUUUGCAUCUCUGCUGGGAAAUAUUGUGUGAGGACUGUGUGUCAAAGACUGUUGGCCAGCAAUGGUUACAAAAUGGUAGGAGAUUAUGAAAAAGCGUUUGCUUUGUUGUGGCAUACUUUUCUCCCUUUUUCUCACGACCGCACUUUUUUCCCCUUUUUUCCCUUUGCUUUGUCUUACGGUGUCAUGAUUAUCGACGAAGCGAUUGAUAACAAUGUAGAAAGACUAGACACCAGCCGUCAUUGUCCUUUUCGCAACAAAGUAUACGAUAAUUUGGACUCCCUGAGCAACCACAUUAAGCGAUCCAAAGAUGAUUCCGAUAACGACGUUGCAAAUUUGUCCAUGGACCUUAUUGCUGUUCCAACAGUCAAGACAAUAAAGCACAUACUGGAUAAAGUGGUAAGCAAUGUCAUACUUUGGGAGCAUUCUCAAGCCAUUAUUAAUGCUCGUCAAUCAAUGAACUGUCGCUUAGAUGAUAAAGAUAGAAAUGCCUGGAUCAUUGACAAAAUGGAAUUUGAACCAUUUGCCUUGACAUGCUCUGAUAAUCAAGAUAAAGUUAUAGGAUACAAUGCGCUCAGUCACGCUACCAACAUUAAGAAGAUGUUUAACAAUGUAUUUGAAUACAAAGCUAUUUUUGUGUAG